AUGGUGACUUCUACUCUCUUCCGUCCCACCAUCCGUGCCGGAGCUGCGGCAAUCCGCUCAGCCAACCGAGGCGUUGCUGGCGUUGCUGGUGCCCGAUUCAUCUCGAAGGUCGCCCUUCCAGAUCUCCCAUACGACUAUGGUGCUCUUGAGCCUGCUAUCUCCGGCAAGAUCAUGGAACUUCACCACAAGAAGCAUCAUCAGACCUACGUCAACUCCUACAACGAUGCUGUCGAGAAGCUUGCCAGCGCUCAAGAAAAAGCUGAUAUCCCGACUCAGGUCUCUCUGCAAGCCUUGACCAACUUCCAUGGUGGUGGUCACGUCAACCACUCUCUCUUCUGGGAGAACUUGGCUCCCAAGAGCGCUGGAGGUGGCGCACCUCCAUCUGGUGCCCUUGCAAAGGCCAUCGAUGAGUCCUUCGGCGGACUUGAGGCCUUCCAGAAGACCUUCAACGGUGCUUUGGCAGGCGUCCAGGGAAGCGGCUGGGGAUGGUUGGUGAAGGAUAAGCAGACUGGCAAAAUCCAGAUCAAGACUUAUGCCAACCAAGAUCCUGUCACUGGCCAGUUCAUUCCACUACUCGGUAUCGAUGCCUGGGAACACGCCUACUACCUUCAAUACGAGAACCGUAAGGCCGAGUACUUCAGCGCCAUAUGGGACGUCAUCAACUGGAAGACUGUUGAGAAGCGAUUCGCAUGA